CGCUUGGCAACGCAACGCUCAGUUGACGCGCGACCGUUCCGGGAGUAUGGGUGUGCUCGAGUUCGCACUAUGCGUUUUCCUGGUUGGCGUCGCGUCGCCUUGCAAGGUGGACGCGAGUGGCCCGAGGGAGAUAGCACUAAAGAACGAGAAAUAUUAUCAUACAGCGGGCUCGCUGACGAUCGAACAGAUCGCCACGUUGUCCGACCUCACGAAUAUCACGCACAUGAACGAGGUUCUGGACAACAUAUGCGUAGUCAGGAUCGUGGGGACUCCUGCGCAUGCGAGAGUCAGAGAGUACAUCAAGGGGUCAAUGAAUGCUCUUGGUUGGACGGUGGAAUCAGACUUAUUCGAAGCUAAUACUCCGAUGUUCGGCGAGCUGGAGUUUGAAAACAUUAUUGUCAAAUUAAAUCCUAAUGCAAAGAGAUAUCUGGCAUUGUCUUGUCACUUUGAUUCUAAGUAUACGAGGGAGAGGAACUUUGUUGGGGCGACAGAUAGCGCCGUACCAUGUGCUCAACUGAUUAAUUUAGCUACUGUCAUGAAUAAUUCUUUGGAGAAUAUUAAAGAGCAAGAUGUCAGUCUGAUGUUUAUUUUCUUUGACGGAGAAGAAGCAUUUAAAGAAUGGGGUCCGGAUGACUCUAUUUAUGGUUCCAAGCAUUUAGCCAGGCAAUGGCAUAACAAGAGGACUGUCUACGGCAGAGGAAAUCAUAUCAAUGAAUUAGAUAAAAUGGACAUGUUGAUCCUCCUUGACUUAAUCGGCGCGCCAGACCCGACUUUCUACAAUUAUUUUAAGAACACCGAAAAGUGGUAUUCUCUGUUGGUUAAUAUCGAGAAGAAAUUAGCUGAUUUGAAAAAAUUGGAAUCGUAUUCGUACGGCAAACCGGAACAGAGGUACUUUCAACCGUAUUCCUAUGAGGCACGUAUCGAAGACGAUCAUAUCCCUUUUCUCAGAAGAAAUGUACCUAUUCUACAUAUAAUACCGAGUCCGUUUCCGUCCUUUUGGCAUGAAGUAGGCGACAACCGGGCAAAUAUCGAUUUAAAAACCACCGAAAAUAUUAACAAGAUUCUCAGAAUAUUCGUGGCGUCUUAUUUACAUAUAUUGUCUAAUUGACGUAAGUUCAAGAGAAAAUCAUACGGAAACGACAUAGGACAGAUCCUAAUGCUUAAUUUAUAUAUUGCGGUUUAAGAACAAUAUCAAGAGAAAUUACUUAUGUGCACACACAGCAUUAAGCUCAUAAAACAUGACAUAUCUCUGUCGGAAUAAAUUAUUUGAAUUUUAGAUAACAAAAAUAUAGCUAAGAAAUUAGAACUAAAUCUCAAUUGAUCAAAAGCUAGUCUUUCAUUGUCGCACGGAAGAAAAAUUUGGUGGCAUUAACCAGAAAUAUAUAUGGAACAACAUAUGCAUUUUGGUCGAAAGAAUUAGAAUUUCUGGUUAUAUGAAUUUGACUUAUAAGAACCAGAAAUUCUGUUUCCUUCAAUCAAAAUGCGGUUGUUCCCUUUCUGAUUAAUGCAACCAGACUUUUUUUCUGCGCAUUUGUAUGUUUUUAAAUCUUUUGAAGUAUCUGUUUUGCUACCUGUUUACCUGAUAAAAACGUGAUAUAUUAUAUGCGUAAUUUUAUAACGUAAUAUAUUAUAAUGUGUAAUUUUAUAAUGCGUGAGAAUUAUUUUAUUAAGUCCGAUUGUUUAUAUAAUAUAAAUAAGUCAAUUCUAUAGUUAUAUAAAUAGUUAUAUUUGGGACUGACCGUAUUGAAAAAAACCGCAAUAUCAAAAAAUUACUGGUAUAUUAUUGGAAAACUAUUGUUCUUCAAUAGUAUACCAGUAGUUUUUUCGUAUUGUAGUUUUUGUCCGUACGAAUGUAUACAUUCCUUAUCUGAGCAGUUUUGAAUACAUUAUAGCAACUUCACGUCUUA